AUGAACUCGAGACCUACCUCUCGGGGAGAUACUCCUAGCGCGUCAGGGUCUCGCCCUGGUUCGAAGGCUGGGAGUCUGCUUCGCACAGAGACCAUUGAUUCGAGAAUCGAGAGCCCAGCAGGUAUGUUUGGCUCUCCCGACGACUAUAGACUGCCUGAUAUCUCCGAGACUCGCUCGACUGAUACUGGCUAUUUUAGUCCAGAUCCUAGACUCUCAGGAGAACAAUCGAUCCAGCCGUCCCAGAGCCCUGAGCGAAAUAUGGAAGCCCAGGAAGCUCGUCCUGUGUCUUCCCCGCAAGCAGUAAACCAAAGUCUCAGAGAGCUCGUCGAUUCGAGAAUUGUCAGUCCAGCGGGUAUGUUCGGUGGCCCUGCAGACCUACAGCUGUUCAGUAUCAAGGAGUUUCGCUCACCGAUCGCAGGUUAUUUUUCACGAGAUUUCAACCUCCAAGGACCGCAGUUCCUAGAGAAGGUUCAUGAUCAGCGCGAAAAAAUGGACGACGUUAAAGCUCGAUACGAAGAUCUUUGGCUUUCAACCCAGCUAUUUUGGGAUCUUAUGCUUCGAAUGCAGCCUAACUGUGUCACUUCUGAUAUCGGAGUUCUGAGAACUGCAGUUGACCUUAUGCUUGAUGUUGUUGUCGGUCGCAUGCUUCCCCAGCUUCGACCAGAGUAUCACCCAAUCCUCGCAGAGAGCCACCUACAAGCACUCAGUCGUCGUCUUCGUGCUCUGGAACUUCGUCUUCGAACCGAUAUGGGGACGUGUGGCAAGUCACCCAAGAUGCUUUGCGGGUGUGUAGUUCCCGUAAAGCGCCCCAAUAACAAGGACAAGCUUUGGACACGUCACUUGAUUAUUAGAAAGGACGAAAAGGGACGCCCUGAGGAUCGAGGGCUCAAAUUUCGAGAUCUGGCUGGUCUUCUCCGCCUUGAAGACUUCCUCUCGCAUGUCUACAAUGAAUUUAAACCUCAACUGAGCCCAGGAAGUCCAGCGGCAAACUGCGGAAUUAUUCACACAGCUAUUGCGCUCAUGGACGAUGAUGUCAAGAGGUUUAUCCCCAAAAAGGACUAUAACACGGCUGAUGAGCUUAAAGCAGAGUGGGUUUAUGUCCUUUGUCAUGGGAAUUUUCGCUCCUCCAUCGCCCUUGAAGUCAUGGGUAUCGUCAAUGAUGCUGUGGCUUUUAGCGAAAAAGAUGGAACUCAAGCACAUCGGGAGGAAUGCGACCUCUGGGCCCCCAAGACGGUCCCUGAGCCACUCACCACGAGUGCGCGUUUCAAAAAACUGACAACGUUCCGGCCUGAUCAGAACCGGGGAACGAGUCCUCUUCAUCCUUCAUAUUGGAAACGGGACUCUUAG